AUGCCAGAUAAGCAAGGUUCAGUUAGUUUACAUAAUUUCCAGUCAGGUACAAUUGGUUGUCCUGUAUCGGCAAGUAUUGCAUAUGCAGAGGCAAUGGAAGAACGGCUAAUUAAUGGUAUUAAUAAUAUAAACAAAAAUAUACAAUAUGAAAAAGGUAGUAAUAGCUUGCGAAAUGAAGAGUGGCCAGGAGUACUGACCUUAUCUGCAUCCGCAGUAAGAAGCAUGGGUGGAUUCUUAUCGCGUUUUCCACUAAAUGACUUAAUACAAACUAGCAUAUCUCUAUAUAACUCUGGAUUUCUUGAUCAAAAAGGUGCACUAAGACCUAGUAGUGCCAUUGAAAAGCAAAGUGUAUUACCUCCACCUGGAGUGGGACUACCACAUGUAAUCUGCACUUCGGAAGGUAUGCAAUGUUGUGUACCACAAAAAUCGGCAAAAGGAUGGCGUAAAAAAGCACCAAGUUUUAUUCGUGUUAAUGAUCCAUCUUGCGAGGCAAUUUACGUAUCUAAAACUGACAUGUUUUGUGCUACCACUUCACUAUAUGACAAUAGUUUGUCAGGAUCAUCUGGAAAUUGUGGCAUGGUUAUUAUCGAAACAAGUGAACAUUUAAUUUUUCAAAAUACACUCAGAAUGCCCUCAAAAGAAAUGAAUAAUGCUUUGUGUGAAUGUAAAUUAAAUAAAAGAGAUAAGAGUAUCCAUGGUUCAGGAACAUGGGAGUACUCUGUGCAAGCAGUACAAACAGCAUUAAAUCAUAAGGUAGAAGGUGAACAACUAUCUACUGGUGUUGCACAGGCACUUGCAUGGGUUGAAGCAGUUGGAAAUGAUCCUAAUCCAACUGUUAAUGGGUUAGGUGAAUUGAUUUCACAGGUAGCUCAGAGACCUGGAUCCGAUAUAGAACUAAUAACACAAAUACCAGCCAUUAGCCAAAAUGCCGUUGCUAACAUGUUGCAAAAUCAACAAUAUCAACAGUACCAGCAUUCAUAUCAAAGUAAUUAUCCAAAUACUUACAAUAGCGCACAUACACCAUCCCCAAAUAAUGGGGGAUUGUUACCUAUUAGCCAAUAUGGAUCAUCAUUAAGAAAGUUAGUAGUAUCUUAUUUGCCAUUUAACAUUUCAAAUGAUUCAUAUCCAAUUUUGUCAUCUAUUUUAAAUAUUAAAAAUAAACAGUCUGAGACACUAAAGUGCUUAACAAGUUGGCCGGAAAAGUGUCAAGUUUGGAAAUCAAUAUGUGAAGAUAACUUAACAUACAGUUAUAAAAAUCCCAGAUGUAUCCCAAUAACAAUCUUGGAAAAUGGUUGCCCAAUGAGAGAGGUUGGAUUUAAAGUGAAUGAUGUAGAUUCAGGGCUACUUAGUUUCAGCUUCAGACCAAUGAGAUUUAUAGAUAAUGCAAAAUUUAGGAUUGCAUGUCAGUUCAAACUGAUAAACUGCUCACUUGCAACACUUAGCCAUUAUUGUAAUACUAAGAAUUUGGGCUUCAAUAAAAAACAAAGAGAAGAAAAUUUAAGAUCAUCCACUAUGGCUCAAGAUAAUGAUAAACUUUUAAAUAGUACAGAUAAGUUCAAUUUAGUAUCAACAAAUUAUAUUCCGUAUAUACCCCCCGAAGAUGUUAAUUUAACAGACUCAACAAAUGUUGAAAAUAAAUAUAUUAGAGUAUAUUUUCCCCAAGCUGGUGAGGAAUCAAAUAUAACUUUAGUACAAUACUAUAACAAUCAAACGAAACGCAAUUUUGCUGCAAAAGUAAUUAAUAUAGAGGAUAUACCACAGAGUACAAAUGUGGAGGAAAUAUUUGUUGAUGAAGACACAAAUUUCCAAUACCUUGGAAAGGUUGAAAUUGUCCCAAACUUUAAUGAUAAUAAUGAAGUUAAUAAAACUGAAGGAUUAUCUGAAAGUACUAAGAAUAUAAAUGAGGAAAAUUAUACAUUAGAAGAAGACUUUAAAAAGGUUUUACAAAAUGAGAAUUAUGAUGAUAAUGAUGAUGAUAUUCCAUUGUUAUUGGACAAAUACCAACCUGAUAUAAUGGGGAACUACCCUGAAUUUGAAAUGAAGCAGGUAAUCAUAGAAAUACCAUAUAACAGUAAUGUAGGUAAUGAAGAUGACUUUUAUACAUUUACAUCUUCACUACAGAAGAAAAGGUGGUCAUUUACAAAAAAUCCUAAUAAAGAGAAAUCAUCAAGUUCCCAAAGCAAUUAUUCGUCAAAAUAUGGCAGGUUUGGCAUAUUUUUAUAUUUAAUAACAAUACUAAUCCUAUUUAUUGUAGCAGGCUAA